AUGUCUCCAGUAACAACGCAAUCCCCACGACAACUGAUCGUGCAAUUCACAGACGGGUCUCAAAUAGACUUUCCCGUCCCUUCUGCCCAAGACAUACGCGAUCGCUUUUUCUAUCGAAAAGCCAAAUCAUCUGACAAACCGGCUAGACCUCCGAACAAAUUCUUCAUCUUUCGUACCAUGCUACAGGGUAGCAUCGACGCCUUGAAAUUACAAGUCCCAAUCGUUUCCGGGUUGGCUAGUGAAGUAUGGAAAAAAUGCAGCGAUGACGUUAAGGAGUUAUUUACCAAGCUGGCUGCUAGAGCAAAAGCCGAACAUAGUGAAAUAAAUCCCGGUUACGUAUAUAAACCGUUUCGGAGGAACAGCAGCGAAAGUUCGGAUGAUAAGGCAAGGGCAGAAGACAGUCAUGACGAGAACUCGGAACGAACGCAAACCGAAACGACAGAAACCACGGAAUCAUUGCCGUCGAGUCCAUCCACUCUUACCCCAUAUACUCACUUUCCAUUAUGUCAAAGUGGUGGGUAUUACAUGAUGCCUGAAGCUCUCCGCAAAGAAGCAUGCGCUUUUGACGAACAACUCGAGGGCUCACAUAUUCUCCUCAGUGGAUAUAUGAACGCUUAUACAUGCGGUGAUUAUUGUAAUGACGCCGGCAAUUACCCAGACACACCUCCGGUCGAAGAAUCUCCGUAUCCAGUCACGUACGAUUAUCCGACAUUCGAUGUCAAACAUUUAGCUAUCAGCACCAUGAACAAUGGAAACGUAACAUCUUGUGAGAUGAACAAUAACAGCAACGAAAGCAAAUUCAGUAUGCAACCACUCGUUUAUCAAGCACUCGAUGUUUCCUCUGGCUGCUAUUCGUAUCCCUACAACUACAUACCCGAGUAUACAUCAAACAUACCACAUGACACUUCAAUGUCUUUCGCAGUCUCAUCCUCGGUCUUUUACCUCAACGCAAUCCCACCAUCAUCUGUUCCCUACGGUCAAUCUCAUACGCCAUCUCUCUCUCCGACGUCCACCAUUCCAUACAGCGACUCGUCCUCGAUAUGUUAUAGUGCAUCCGAUAAGGUUGAUGAUGAGUCCAGUGAAUAA